UAAAAUGAUUAAAAAUGAUACAGUACUGCUGAAGUAGGCUAGCUGGCAGUGGCUGCGUUGUUGACUUUGUAGGCUAGCUGGCAGUGGCUGCGAUGUUGAUUCGGGGGCUAGCUGGCUAGCUAGCAGUGUUGAUUACGUUGCGUUAAAAGAACGACAAUAGCUGGCUAGGUAACCUAGAAAAUCGCUCUAGACUACACAAUUAUCUACACAAUUAUCUUUGAUACAGAGACGGCUAUGUAGCUAGCUACAGAGACGGCUAUGUAGCUAGCUAUGUAGACGGUGGGCGUUAGCUAGCUGGCUAGCUGCUGGGCAGAUACGUUAGGACGAUGAAAUACGAUAAUUACACAAUUAUCUUUGAUACAAAGACGGCUAUGUAGCUAGCUAAGAAGAAAUUGCUAAGAUUAGACAAAUCAAACCGUUGUACUAUAAUGAAAUGUAAUGAAAAGUUAUACUACCUGCAGACCGAAGUGCGGAUCAUCCGUUAACCUACACUGCGUCUCACAAAGACAUGGCGUUUGGAACCAAAAAUCUCAAAUUUGGACUAAUCAGACAAAUUUCCACCGGUCUAAUGUCCAUUGCUCGUGUUUCUUGGGCCAAGCAAGUCUAUUUUUCUUUUUGGUGUCCUUUUUAGUAGUGGUUUCUUUGCAGUAAUUCGACCAAUGAAGACCGAAUUCACGCAGUCUCCUCUGAACAGUUGAUGUUGAGAUGUCUGUUACUUGAACACUGUGAAGCAUUUAUUUGGGCUGCAAUUUCUGGGGCUGUUAACUCUAAUGAACUUAUCCUCUGCAGCAGAGGUAACUUUAGGACUUCCUUUCCUGUAGCAGUCCCCAUGAGAUCAAGUUUCAUCAUAGCGCUUGAUGGUUUUUGCAGCUGUACUUGAAGAAUCUUUCAAAUUUCUUCAAAUGUUCCUCAAAUGUUCCAGAUUCAUUGACCUUCAUGUCUUAAAGUAAUGAUGGACUGUCAUUUCUCUUUGCUUAUUUGAGUUGUUCUUGCCAUAAUAUGGAUUUUGUCUUUACCAGAUAGGGCCAUCUUCUGUAUCUUCUUGUCACAACACAACUGAUUAGCUCAAACACAUUAAGAAGGAAAGAAAUUCCACAAAUGAACUUUUAACAAGUCACACCGGCCAUUUGUUAAUAAAUGCAUUCCAGGUGUCUACCUCAUGAAGCUGGUUGAGAGAAUUUCAAGUGUGCAAAGCUGUCAUCAAAGCAAGGGGUGGCUACUUUGAAGAAUCUCACAUAUUAAAAAUAUUUUUAUUUGUUUAACACCUUUUUUGGUUCCUAAAUGAUUCCAUAGUUAUUUUGUUAUGUUUUUCUGCAAUGUAGAAAGUAGUAAAAUUAAAGAAAAACCCUUGAAUGAGUAGGUGUCAACUUUUGACUGGUUAUAUAUGGCCUAAUUCUCAAUAUACUAAGUAAUCUCAUAUUUAGUAUAUCUGAUAAAUGAAUUUUGUAUAUUGAUUUAAAUGUCUCCUGUUUUUUAUGUACAUUAUAAACUGGGUGGUUCGAGCCCUGAAUACCAUGGCUGUCAUCCAAUCAGUUUAUCAGACCGUAUACCAUGGUAAUGAAGGCAUGUGUCGUAUCUGCCACGAGGGGGCCGGUGGUGAGACGCUGCUCUCCCCUUGUGACUGCACAGGGACCCUGGGUAAGGUGCACAAGAGCUGCCUGGAGAAGUGGCUGUCGUCCUCCAACACCAGUUACUGUGAGCUCUGCCACACAGAGUUCACUGUUGAACGGCAACCCCAGCCCCUCACACAGUGGUUGCGGGACCCGGGGCCUCGCAGUGAGAAGCGCACGCUGCUGUGCGACAUGGCCUGCUUCCUGCUCAUCACGCCACUGGCAGCCAUCUCAGGCUGGCUGUGUCUGAGGGGAGCCCAGGACCACCUGACCCUCAACAGCCGGUUGGGGGCCGUGGGACUCAUUGCCCUCACCAUCGCCCUCUUCACCAUCUACAUCCUCUGGACACUGGUAUCGUUCCGCUAUCACUGUCAGUUAUACUCCGAGUGGAGGAGGACCAAUCAGAAAGUGCGCCUGCUAAUGCCCGACAUAAAAGGAGCGCACUCCACUCAACAUUCCGUGCCGACAAAGUCAACCAAGAAAAUGACUGACGAGACCAUCGUAUGAGCACCGAGCGACGUGUUCUCGCAAAUAAAGUGUUACAUAACUCGAACUUCUGCGCUCUUAAGGACCAUUCUGGGGGAUUAUUUUUCCAUAUUCACUUUUGAAGCACUUGAGCCCAUUUAAGCACUAUAACCAUUUUGAUUUUGGGAUAUUUUGGACUCGUAGAAGGACGUGCCACUGAUGUCAUCGCCGGAUUAUGAACACUGGACUGGAACAUAAGGUGACAGCCAAUAGCGGGAUACUGAUGCAGCAUGUUAAUACAGUAACAUACCACCCCACCCCAUCACAAUGUAUUUAGCUUUUUUUGGACAACUGCCAUCCAAUAGACUUGUGAAUUAGAAGUUGGGAGGAGAGAGUGGGCUUUGGUGUCAGUCAAUGUAUGCAAAAGUAUUUGAUGUAAUUUUAGUCUUCCUGUUGGACUCCUUUUGAGUAAGCUGGGUCAUUGUGGAAUAAAAUGUAAGGGACUUUGUCACCGUACAAUGGCUUGCAUGUGUAAAA